UUUAUAUCAAAAUUUAUCACUGCUCCAAGUGUAUCGUCCGAAAUGUCACCGGUAUUGUGCGCAAUCCUUAUCGUGUUAGUUUUAUUGAUCUACAAAUAUAAAAUCAAAGAUCCGAAACCCAUUUUCGGUAUUUAUUCACUGCCGGGGAAGUGGUAUUAUUUAAAAUAUGCAGUGUUCGCCUGUUUGUAUUAUUAUAGAAAAUAUUCACAUAAAAAUAGUUCCGCCAGUAAGGGGGGGCGCGCGGGGCAAGGGGUGAAGGCAGUAGCCGACCCCGCUUUUAUGGACAGGGCUCAGCCAUUGAGUGAACAUGCCAAAGCCUUUGACGCCGUGUUCUUCAUCUCCGCGUCCAGAAAUGAGAAAGGAGAAGGGAUCUACUUCGUGUCUGGAUGUGAAAGGAGACCGAUGGGAAUGUGCAACGGCUUGUUCUAUAUCGGGUUACCAGGUAAAGGUCUGCUGUGCAGCAAGAAGAUCCCGGACACCGUUCUUUUCGGGGCGGAGGUGAGCGAGUUCGGAGCUGAAGGGAUCAAAAUGGCGCCCGUGGAACCUAUGAAGAAAUGGAGUGUGACAUAUAGAGGGCAGAUGUGGUACCAAAACGAUCCAAGCAAGCUGGUGGACGUGGUCUUCGAGGGGGAAUGGACGGCCACAGCUGAUUACUUCGACUACGACACCGACCUUCAUCCACCAACGGUCAUCAGGUCCAUUGCCAGGGAGAAGUGGAGUAGGGAGUACUUUGAUAUACUGAAAAACACUCAUCAAUCCCACUACGAGCAGUUUGGAGUGAUGAAGUGCAAGUUUCAAAUAGACAACGAGUCUUUUAUGUACACCGUACCUUCCUUCAGAGAUCACAGUUUUGGACAAAAGCGCGACUGGACCUUAAUGCAUAGAUACGGGUUCCACCACAUAUUCUUGAAGAACGGCGUUCGCAUCAGCGUUGGAGUCAUCAACCACACGUGCACUGCCUCGGUAUUGGAGUUAGGCGUAGUGACACUAUCCGACGGCACCCUUUUGCCUGUAAAGUGGGUGGAUCUACAGCUGUGGCAGCACGGGGAGGGGGGGCAGCCCCCCCGGGACUACGCCUUUAGGCUCGCCGCUGGGGACCAAGUGUAUACUGUUCAGGUUCUAGUGGAAUACGAAUCUGUUCACUACGUGUCUGAAGAGUGGGAAGCUCGUAUGGUGGAGCGGUUCUGCAAGUACACAGUGAACAAUGUCCCAGGGAACGGCGUCUCCGAGUUCCAUUACAGGCACAAAGAUGGCCGCCCUGAGAGCGUGGCUAAGAACGACCCUGAGUGGUACAGAAGGAUGUGCCAUAAGAUUUGAACUCAUUAAUCAUGAUUACUGCAAGAUAGGCUCUUUGAUUGUCGAAGUUAGCUGUUAGCUUGCUUUUUGUAAUAAUACAGGUAAUAAAUACGUAACGUCGCUCGGUUACCACGGAUCAUUGUAAUUUACUCUUUGGUUGUAAUGUUUUUUUUGUAACAUGAUUUAAAACGUGCGAUAGAAAAUAAAGGUGCGUUAUCUACACGUUUAAUACCUGUAUUAUUUGCAAAUAGUUUAUUGCAACUGUUAUUAACUUACAAUUUUGUUACUUAAAAGUACAUUUUAAACGAUUUUUUUUUGUUAGUUCAAGCAUUUACGAUAAGUUUCAUUCAUAAAAAGAAAAAACUGUCUGAAAACUGCAGUACUAAAAUACCAUUGGAACAUAAAAUAGUGUCAAUAAAGAAAACUUCUUAAAAUCAAAGAAAUGACAAAGAUCAUUAAGUAAUAAGUCCAAAAUAAUAAAAAAAAUACAGAAUAAGCUAAGUUUCGUCAAUUCAAUUGUGUCUGGUAAUUGUUAAGAUUGGAUGGGUGUUUUAUAUUGUUGUUAUAACAAAGAUAUGUUGUUUGUUUUUUUUUUUCAUUUAUUUGUGUAAUAUAUUUUUUAUAUUUAA